AUGUCUGUUCCUCCGUCCGCCACAGACCAAGGAAACAUUCAUUGGUCUAGAGAAGAGACCAUGGUGUUGAUUGAACUCUAUCGUCAGCACCCUUAUCUAUGGAAUGUCAAAGUGGACAUGUACAGGGAUAGGGACAAACGUGCAGCGGCACUGAGACAGAUUACAGAGGACAUGAAUAGAAGCGGGACUACAGUUACCACAAGUGAGGUGAAGAGAAAAAUUGAAUCACUUCGAAAUCAGCAUAGACUGGAACUAAGAAAGAUGCAAAAAUCAAAAAAGUCUGGAGCUGGAACUGAGGACAUUUAUAUUCCCACAUUAUGGUGCUUUGAUGCACUGUAUUUCCUCAUUGAUGGUGACACAAUUCGACAAUCUGUGUCAAACAUGGAUACUCACACUACAGAAGAUAUGUCCGAGGUGCAUUCUGAUCACGAGAUAUUCAACGAUCCGCUACUGCUGGGACUUGAUGAUAAUCCACCAGCCACUGUCACUGGUUCGGCCACGCCCACCGUCCCUCGUAUGGCUACGCCGACUCUCUCUCGUUCGGCUGCAGAAUUGAAUACUCGUGAACCCUCACCCACACCGUCAACAAGUAAACAACCGACCAAAAGGGUUUCUGACGAUGCUGAUAAUGUCCUGAAAGAGGCCAUCCACCACCUGCAGUCAUUAUCUUCCUCCGAAAAUAUUAUAAAUGAUGCAGACAGUGAUUUUGGUCAGGUUGUUGCUAACGAUCUUCGACAGAUGAGCGGUGAAAAUAAAAUACAUGCUCAGAAACUUAUUUAUGAGAUCCUUUAUCUGGGGAAACUAGGCACAUAUGAGAUGAAUGUAGCACCAGAACAUGAUGAUAAACUUGAUACAGUAGCAGAUGAUCAUCAUGGUAAUGAGGUCAAAGAUGAUGUUUCCCAGCAUCCACUCACUGAGUCAACUGACAGUAGUGACGAUAUAUAUGUAGUGAAAUGA